AUGGGGGACGAAAUUGAUGACAUUGAAUUCGUACGACAGAUGCUGAGCUUACAAGUAAACAAAUAUGAAGAAAACAGAAACAGAGGAAUGAAACAAAAACAAGUAGUUGAUAAGAGUCAUAACAUUAUUCCUCUUUCUGAUUUUGAAGAAAAGAUCAUAUUUAACAUACUUGUGAAGAUCCCGCCACGAUACAUUCAUAAGAAUGUCAUGGCCGUUUGCAAAACAUGGAAAGAAAUUUUCUCUAGAACUUGUUUCAUUGAGCAAAAUUUCAAGGAAUCGACAUCAGAGUUACUAAUACAGUCAGGAUAUACAAGGCAUAUGAAAACGAAAUUGAUUGAGAUUGGAAAAGAUCUUGAAUGUGAAUCGCGUGAUCUUGGACUAAAUAAAACACGCAAGCAUUCUAGUUGUGAUGGAUUUAUAUUGAUGAGUGAGCCAGAUGAUUUCUACUUUGGGAAACUACGAGUCAUAAAUCCCGCCACAAAGUUCUGCAUCACUAUCCCUGGAUGCCCUUCGCAUUGUGAACAUGGAACAUGUAGUGCAGCCCUUGUAUUUGACUCUUUGACAGAGCAGUAUAAAGUAGUGCACAUUGUUAAGUACUGUUUUGGUUUCGAAAUAUUCAAUCUUAGCAAUGCUGAUGAAAAUUGGAAAUGGGAACGAGUUGAUUCUGCUCUGUGGGAAGGUUUAAAUAAUCAGCCAUUCGAUGUUAAUUUUUGCUGGAAGAAUCUAGUAUCGAUUAACGGAAGGAUUCUGCAUUGGUAUGUUAAUUCGAGUGAGUAUUUCGUUUCAAUGGAUGUAAAACAGGGGAAAUUCAGUAUUACCUAUCUUCCAGAACGCGAUGAAGUGGUUAAUAAAACUAACAAUUACGCGUUGAUCCAAUUGGAUGGAUUUCUCUCUUUUAUCACCUGUGAUGCCGAGGCAACAAUGGAUGUUUGGAUUUUGGAAGAUUUUCACGGGCAAGUUUGGUCCAAGAAACACACGAUCAUGGCAGAAUUGACACAUUAUGUAUGUCCAUCUAAAUCAACGCGACCAAAUGAGAGAUCAAUGCCAGAAAUCGGGAAACUUAUUGCUGUUGGUGGCGCGAGGAACGGUGAAGUGUUGAUUCUUAAACACCAGAAGAACUCAAAGGAAUACUUAUAUGACACAAAGACUAGGGUGAUGAAGAUGUUCAACAUUUAUAAUAUGAGGAACUCAGAAUCUUUCGUAACGCACAAGGAAAGCCUCUUUUCGAUUAAGAGGAUCUCCUAG